GCACGGUCCGAUGGCGGCGGCCGCGCCGAUGGCCCCGGCUGAGGACAGUGUAACCUUGGAGGAUGUAGCUGUGUACUUCUCCUCGGAGGAGUGGGGCCUCCUUGAUGACACGCAGAGACGCCUGUACCAUCGCGUGAUGCUGGAGAACUUCGAACUCAUAUCAUCAUUGGGUUGCUGCUGUGGAGCAGAGCAUGUGGAGGCACCCUUGGAACAGAGCGUCUCUGUGGCUGCAUCCCAGGCCAGCUCUCCCAGGAAACCCUCAACUGCUAGGACGAACCACCCCUGUGACGUGUGUGGGCCAGUCUUGAGGGACAUUUUCUGCUUGGCUGAGCACCAAGGAACACAGCACAGCCAGAAUGUGUUCAGGUGUGGGGUAUGUAUGAAGCCAUUUUAUUUUGAUGGGAACUUCCGGGAGCACCAGGAACAGCACUUGGCAGAGAUGCCGUUCAAAGGCAGCAUGGACAGCACCUCACUAGUGAAGAGCUUGGAUUUCCAUGUGUCAGGAAAGCCGUUUCCCCGUGGAGACGAGGGGAAGGACUUCCUGGUGGCCUUGGAUCGUCUCCAAGGGGCCACUCACACCAGGGAGAUGUCAGGUCAAGUCACCCCGGCCAGAGCAGCUUUACAGAGCCCAGAAAGUAAUGAGACCAGGGGCGCAUGCAGGAAAGCCUUCAGCCCCGAACACACACAUGUUCAGGAUCAGGGCGUGCACACCGGCAGACAGUGUUUUGUGUGCAGCGAAUGUGGGAAAGCGUUUGGGAACAAAUCUUCAUUUGUUGCUCACCAGAGAGGUCAUAUUGGACAAAAGCUUUAUGACUGCAGCGAAUGUAGUAAAUCCUUUAGGCGAAGCUCAAACCUACGCAAACAUCAAAGAAUUCAUAGUGGGGAAAGGACUUACAGCUGCAGCGAAUGUGGGAAAUCUUUUAGGGACAGAUCCCAGUUCAGUCAGCAUCAGAGACUUCACACCGGAGAACGGCCUUUCGAGUGCUCCGAGUGUGUGAAGUCUUUUCCCUGCAGCUCCAGACUCCUUUCUCAUCAGAGAGUGCACACAGGGGAGAGGCCUUAUACCUGCAGCGAGUGCGGGAAGUCUUUUUCAUACAGCUCGACGCUCAGACAACACCAGAGUGUUCACACAGGAGACAGGCCUUACGUGUGCAGGGAAUGUGGGAAGUCCUUUAAACGGAGAGAUCACCUUCUCAUACAUCAGCGAGUUCACACAGGAGAAAGGCCGUAUGAGUGUAAUGAAUGUGGGAAAUCCUUCACUUACAGCUCAACACUCAAAGAACACCAGAGAGUUCAUACAGGAGAAAGGCCUUACGUGUGUGGUGAGUGCGGGAAGUCCUUUCAACAAAGAAAUUACCUUCUCAUGCACCGGAGUGUUCACACGGGGGAGAGACCUUACGAGUGCAGUGAAUGUGGGAAAUCUUUUACCUAUAGCUCGGCUCUCAGGGAACACCGGAGAGUUCACACCGGGGAAAGGCCUUAUGAGUGCACUGAGUGUGGGAAAUCCUUCACCUCUAGCUCAACGCUCCGAGAACACUGGAGAGUUCACACUGGAGAAAGGCCGUAUGAGUGCACUGAGUGUGGCAAAUCCUUUAGCCGCAAAUCUUUCCUUUCCCACCAGAGGCUUCACUCUGGGGAAAGGACAUACGAGUGCAGCGAGUGUGGGAAAUCUUUCACCUGUGGCUCCGCGCUGCUGACGCAUCAGAGAAUUCACACGGGAGAAAGGCCUUACGAGUGCAGUGAGUGUGGGAAAUGUUUCACCCAGAGCUCAUCCCUCACUGAACACUGGCGAGUUCACACGGGAGAAAGGCCUUAUGAGUGCAGUGAGUGUGGGAAAUCUUUCACCCACAGCUCAACCCUCAGUAAACACCGGCGAGUUCACACAGGAGAAAGGCCCUAUGAAUGCCACGAGUGUGGGAAAUCCUUCAAUCAAAGCUCUGCGCUCUAUUUACAUCAGAGGAUUCACACUGGAGAAAGGCCUUAUGAGUGCAGUGAGUGUGGGAAAACAUUUACUCAUAUCUCUGCUCUCCGUCUGCAUCACAGAGUUCACACUGGAGUGAAGCCUUAUGAGUGCAGUCAGUGCGGGAAGUGUUUUAGCCAAAGCUCAAAACUUCAUCAACACCAGAGACUUCACACUGUGUCUAGGCCUUUUGAGUGUAGUGAGUGGAAAAUCCUCUGCCGAUAACGCCACCUUCUUAAACUCAGAAGAGAUGACGGUGUAAAGCGAUCAUGGGUACUACUGUAUUCCUUGAGCAGCAAAUACGCAUACUGCAUCGAACCAUUAUGGGGCCGUGAAUGUGGGAAAUCCUUUUUUCAAAACACUCUCCAGAGCUCAGUGUGAGGAAGGAUUGUAGAAGUGCAGUGAAUGUACAAAAGCCUUCAGUUUUAUCGGAUGCCACAGAAUUCACAUACAAAACACCUGUGUGCUGGUAACAUGGUUUAUGCUUGGGCACAUCAGCACUGGGGAGACGCUUGUGGAUGUCCCCUCGGCCUGUAUCCAGCACACACGUACGCAGCCGCGGAAAUGUCAGGUUUGGGACGUGUGUAUUACGCUUUUUUAAGGACCUUUCCCACGUUGAUGUCACUGCCGGUUUCAUCGUGUAAGCCUCUCACUUGUGAGGGUGAGCAGGUGCUGAAGAGUUCAUCAUGGACCCAGCACAGCAUGUGCGGGGGGGUCAGCCUGGACGUUCUCCCAUUUGUGGGCACAAUUUGUAAGAAACCUGAGCUCUCGUUCCUUUCUCCUUUCUCUGAUUUGUUUCAUCCCUAACCUGACCGAUUUUUGGUGGGAGAAUCCAACCCGUGACUAGAAAGCUUAGAUUAUGAUUUUCUGGGUUGCUGGUCUCACAUGGCUCCUGUGAUGGAAUUUCCCAGCGUUCAGGUCGCUGAUCCACCAAAAGCCUAUCGCCUCUUGCUCUCAUUUGGAUGACUUUUUAUUUUGGCACUUUGCAAUCUUGGGACUUCUAGUCACUAUUUGUGAAAUUUUGAAAAUGAGUUCUGACUUGAAGGGGUAAACAUUUCUUUUUAGUUUAUGGCCUUUUUAUGCUCCUCAGAGAGCUAUAUAAUAGCAGAUCUUGCUUUGUUCCUCAGUCUCCAAGACAAGACUGCAGGGCUUCCUGGUUCUCAUUGGAGGCCUUUGUGCUAUUUUAGGAGACUGCAGUAACUCUGAGGAGGUGACAGUUGUAACAGCUUCACCUUGUAGGAACAGCAUGAAUUUUUCCCCCUCGUUCACAGUGAAUAUCACAGAGAUUUGGUGUAUUGAGAGGACGCUCUUACCCAGUUCCGGCAAGCUCACGUGUGCUCAGCUAUUUCCAGUUUCAUGUGUGCCAGUCACUGCUUGUAUGCUGAUUGGGGUCAGUGGAAACCACAGCUGCUACUGACACAGUGGAUUAAUGUGAAUUGCAGGCGCUAUAGAGACCUAGACGGAGUGUGCCUCUCCUAAAACUACAUCCAGACGUGUUUCUGUGACAGGGACUGUGCGAGAUGAGUCUGUACACAGAUCUCUGAACCGCUAAGCGUGUUCAUCUUGUGUAGCUCAUGUCAUUCAGAGAAAAUAAUGAAAAGGUCUGUGGAUUCCUGUAGCCCCUAUUUCCCUCGAGCCCAUUGCUGCACCCGCAGGUAGAUAAAGAGAGUAAAGGGAGAUCUCUUGUCCACAGAUGGGCCUUUUGUGGGAAGGUAGCAUUAUGUUGACAGUUGGAAAUGCACUUCCAUGAUCACCAGUGUCUGGUGUCACUGAGGCAAGCCUGACCCCCCGCGACCUGAGGAGAGUGAGGGAGACAGUAUCAACUGCUGAGCCUAUUUUCUCAAUAGUGGGACGUAUUUUUCUAAAGCUAUGAGCCAGGUUUUAAAGCUUUAUUAAGGUAUAAAUUACCUGUCAUGAACUACACAUACUGAAUGCAGUGUUUCUUAAGUUUUUAUUUAAGUGUGUACCUUUAACACCACUCCCUUGGUCAAGUGAUGACAGUGCCUGUCAUCGGAGAGUUCCCUCGUGCCUUUUAUUCAUCUGUAACUGCCCUUCACAUGUCUUCAAAGUAGAUGUCUUUACAUUUUCUGGAUUUCUGUGACUAGAAGUCAUUGUAUGUUUACCUUCCUUUCCUGCUUUUUUUAUGUUGCAAAAUUACUUUUAUCAUUUAUCCUUUAAAAAUGAUAUUGUAUGAGUAGCUCCACAUUUUCCUCUACCUUUGGAUAUACCAUCUUAUCAUUUGGUCUGUUCAUAGAACUUGGGUUAUUUCUAUUUUUCCAGCUAUUGUAAAUGAACCUUCUAUAAAGGUAUACAAUUCUUUAUGUGAUUAAAUGUUUCAUUAUCUUUGUGAAUACGGUGGAUGCAAUAUCUGAGUCACAGAGUAAGAGUGUUAUAUAAAAAAUAGGUUGUGACCUAAAUUGUACCAUUUAAAAAAGUUUUUUUUAAAGAUUUAUUUAUAUAAGAACGGGGGUAUAGGUCAGAGGCAUGGGAGGGUGAGAGAUUUCCCCAGAGACAGAACGGGGAGCAGAACAGGCAGAUGGACUGAAGACACUGCUGAGGGGAGCAGCGGGCGAGGCAGGAGAGGUCUGCGCGCCAUGUGGGUUUCUCCCCUGCCAGCCAGGAAUCGACCCCGAGCUGCAGAGGUUGCAGACAGCUUCACAGCGCUGCACUCCACCUGCUGUGCCACCGAGGAGGCCCCCCAUUUUACAUUCUUAACAGCAAUUUGUGAUAUUUCAGUAUCUCUACAUUGUAGCAAGUACUUUGUGUGAUGACCAAUUAAUUAACUUCUUUCAUUUGUCUAUAUGUAUUUCCCUAAGGGUUCUCUGGUGCCCUUUUUUUUUUUUUUUCUCCCAAAUAUUUUGUAAAAUAUCUCCUCAUAUAUUGCAUUUUCUUUCAUGAACUUAGGCUGUUUCCCUGUUCUUAGGAUAGAACUGCAGCAAAAUUGUAUCUUGAAAUUUUGUAGUUUCUUGAAUACAGAAAUGACUUAUUUGCGGAAUGGAAUAAUUGCUUCAGUACUGCAAGAAUAUAUCCUAUUUUUUUUCAAACUUGUGUACCAUAUAUACAAACACCUUACACUUCUAGGUGUAUUGCGUCUUUUCCUAUGCAAAACUCCCUGCAAUCCCCCACCAGUGAAACAUGAGCAAGAUGUUGACUAUAACUACAUACAUAGUUGAAGAUACAUGGGCAGCCUUAAGGCACAUGCUGAGAUCAGCCUUCCCUUUAUUUCAUCCUAGGCUUGUUGACAUUUAGGAGUCCCAAAGAAUGAUGUGGAGUUUGUACCUUAGGGGGAUUCAUAGAGGGGUUUUGCCGUUACCCCACAGUUGGACAUCCAAAUUCUGCAAAACUGGCAAUUUCCAAAAACUCACGAAAUUACCCUUGGUUGCCAGGACCAUUGAGAACUGAAAUUAUAUGUUUUCUCUCAUUCAUGGAACUUCCUUUUCCUUUCAUAAUUUCAUAUCUGGGUUUGUGGGUUUGGUUUUUUUUUUGUUUGUUUUUGUUUUUAAGAUUUGUUUGUUUAUGCGAACAAGAGCUGGGGUGCAGGCCAGAAGUGCAGGGGCGAGGGGGUGAGAGAGGACUCACCAGAGACAGAGUAGGGAGCAGAACAGGCAGACUGACUGAAACACCCUGCUGAGGAGAGCAGCGGGAGACAGGAGGGUUGUCUCCCUGGCCAGGGUUUAUACUCGUGCUGCAGUGGAGCCAAUAGCUUCAUAGUGCUGAGACUUAAACCCUGCUCCACCAGGGAGACCCUACCUGUGUUUUCUUUAGUUUACCUGUCUGAGCCUCCUGAGUGUCUUCACUCCGCCAAGUGCUUCUAGACCAAAAUGGUGAUUCUCCGGGCUAGAUUCAUAGGGCUGGAAAUGAGGAAAUGAGCCACGUAAUGUAAUAAUACGCCCCGUUUUAGUGGCAUCUUUCUGAGAUCCCUGGCAGGACUUAAAAAUGGAGAACAGUUCCGUGUUCCUGGAGGUCUCUGUCGGUCUCGGGGUGCAGCU